UCUCCUACCAUUUCUGGUUUCUCAUUCUCUCACCAUCAGCGGCUGCAUGCCAAACCUCUGCAACUUCCAAACUACCCACCAAAAUGUCCUUUUUUGGCUCUCACUUUUCACCUCUUGCCCUGGCAUCCUUUGUCACCUCUCUCUUUUUCCACUCUCUCAUGUUCCACACAUCAGAACAAAGGCAAAGUCUUCAACUUUCACCUCUUUCUUGAACCCUUGAAAAAACUUGAAAUCUUCCAACAAGGAUCCUGUUUUGAUGCUAAAGAUUGUGAGUUUAAGUCUAAAGAAAAGUGCCCAUUUUGCGGUUUGCUUGAUGAUUCUCUUAGUUCAGUCAGUCAAAGCCAUAUCUUGGUCCCUUUUGGUUCUUUCAAGCUUGGACUUCAGUUUUCUUGGGUUUUUCUCUGAUCUACUUGCAGAUCUUCAAGGCUCAGCUUUUACUGAGUUCUGGUCAGUUUUUUCUAAUUCCCCUCUGUUGUUUGGUAGAAUUCUUUGAAAUUUUAGCUGGAGAGUCAUGGUGGCAUCUUUGGGGUUAGUAUUUGUUAGUUGUAGCUUUGAUUGAAUGCAAAAAGCUUCUUUUUUGUUCAUUUUGAAGGUGGCCUAGUCAGCUGGAUAUUUUCUGUUCAAGCAUUUGUAACUUAUUUGAGGAAUCCAUUGUUAGGUAGUUGGAGUUUCUGAUCUUUUAGAUAGUCAAACGCUUAUCUUCUGUAAAUUUUAGUCAGUUUUGUGAGAUUCCUUGUUUUUCUUCUUCUUUUUUGAGUCAUUCCACGUUUUGGUUUGGGCUAGAGGGAUCGUUUUAAAGGUAAUAACUUGUUGCCAUAUUCUAGCUAUCUUCCGGAUGAUUGUAUGGUGGUUGUCAUUUUGGCAGCUAAUUUACUAGUGUUAAAAUCCUUUUCCAAUUUUAUUGGGAAUUUAGUUAUGUGAAUAGGUAGUCAAGCAGAUUCUGUGUUGUAAAUCUCCUCUUGGUCCUUUAUACCAAAAUGUCUGGAAAUGGUCAUUGUUUCGUCGAGUGGAAGGAGGAAUUUGUUUCCCAGGAGCGUGGUAACCGUGUGGUUCACUAUUUCUUGAAGGAUUCUUCUGGGGAAUCCAUCCGUGCGGUUAUUGGUACUGAGAGGAGUGUUAGGCACAUGUUUUAUGUUGUUGCUGAGGAGUUUGUGAGGGUAUAUGGGGCAGAGCAUUCAAUUCAUGCUGGUUUCAAAUGGAGGUCGAGAAGAGAGGUUGUGGAUUGGCUUACAUCUAUGCUCUCAAAGCAGCAUCUGCAGGGAGAUCGAUCUAGAACCACUAUGCAAAGUAUCCCUGAAAUUUGCAGUUUUAUAACGUCUUCAAUGACAGAGUCACCAAAACAUGAAGCGCUGCUAGCUUUGGCAUCUCCUGAUUGUGCAACGAAUGAGAUUAGUGCUCGGAAGGCCCAAGCACUGGAUGAUAUGGGCCAUCUUUCGAGAAAUUGGAAUGGACCAAGUUCAGAUAUUGUGUGGUCAGGCACUGCUUGGACAUGUGGUAAACAGCUCAAACAUUUCCCAGCAUUUGGCCGCAAUGGGACCACAAUAGCGGUUCAGUCCUUUGUCUUUGUCAUGGCUAAAGGAGAGAAUCACUACCUUGCUUACUUGGAGGACAUGUACGAAGACAAGCGAGGCCAGAAGAAGGUUAAAGUGAGGUGGUUUCACCAUACUAAGGAAGUCAAGGGUGUUGUCCCUGUAAGGAAUCCUCAUCCAAAAGAAGUUUUUAUCACGCCUUAUUCGCAGGUCAUUAGUGCUGAGUGUGUUGAUGGUCUUGCCUGUGUCUUAACUCGUGAGCACUACGAGAAAUGCUCAGCUGUGUUUCCUGAUGCUUUAUUAGCCAGAGUGCAUGUGUGCUCUAGGCAGUUCAGAAGUAAUAAAGUGAAGCCAUUUGAUUUGAGUAAAUUGCGCGGGUAUUUUGAUCAACCGAUACUGUCUUGUUUGAAUUCCAGUAUGUUCUCAGAGCCUGACUCCAUGAGCCAUGGCCUAAAUGAAGAAGGGGAGGAAGAACUAAGUCCCAGUGAAAAUGUAAAGCUGGGAAAUAAGAGGACCAGAACUAAUAGAAGUAGUCAAAGGUUUGUGACAGAUCAUUCAGGAAACAGGAUUUCUGGUAACCACUUGAUGACUUAUGAAACUUCAUACAAGAAAAUAAAAUAUGCCUUGUCUGGCAAGAGUUUGCUUUCCCUCAAGCAUGUUGACUGUCAACCAUGGCAUGGCUCAGUUUUCAAGGUUGAUGAAAAGAUAGAGUUACUGUGCCAAGAUAGUGGCAUCCGAGGCUGCUGGUUCAGAUGUACAGUCUUGCAAGUAUCAAGAAAACAGAUGAAGGUUCAAUAUGAUGAUGUGCAGGAUGAAGAUGGAUAUGGCAAGCUUGAGGAAUGGAUCCCAAUUUUCAAGCUUGCUAUGCCUGACAAACUUGGCAUGAGGUACUCAGGCCGCCGAACAAUUCGACCUGCUCCUGCUAGCUCUGAAACAGUGCUUGCCUUUGAUGUUGGGUCUGCUGUUGAUGCAUGGUGGAGCGAUGGGUGGUGGGAAGGAGUUGUAACUGGAGUGAACAGCAGUGGUGAUCAUAAUCUGCAAGUUUACUUUCCUGGUGAAAAUCUAUUCCUGAGCAUAGAUAAAAAGGAUCUAAGAAUUUCCAGAGAUUGGGAUGGGGAUCGCUGGAUUGAUAUUGAGGCCAGACCUGAUAUGCUCUCUCUGAUAUCUACUGCCAUUAGCCCAGACAUGGACACCAAAGUUUCCAUGUCCUCUACUGUUGUCAUGGAUGCCAAGUUUGAUGGCAGUGCUAUGCCAAUGGAAGUUGUUGCUGCCAAAACUACACUCAAUGUUGUUCACGGGGAAAAGCCUGAAUUAGCUAUUCAGUACUGUUCUGGGGGUAAGGAGCUUCAAUCAUCAAAAGAUGAAAAAGAUGGAGAUGGUAGUGAUGUUAAGAAGCCUCCACCAUCAGAAAAUGGUGAUAAUGAUGGAAAUGCUGAUGAUGCCAACACCAUUCAUGAUCAACUAAAUGAUGUGGAUGGUAAUGACAAAAACAACAACGCCAACAACAGCAAUGAUGGUAAGGAAGGCAAGUUAGAGACAGAGAAUGACAUGGAGCAGGAUUGUAAAUCUACAGAACUCGUGGAAGUGACAACUUAGAAUGUUUUCGAAGGGGAGUUUUUGAUGCAACUGAUUCUUUUGUAACAGGGAUGUUGGUAUUGAUGUCGACUAACCACGGCUUAAGUUAGUUAAGACCUCUGUAAAUAGUGACGCAGGCGUAGCGCAAAGUCAUUGUGUUUUGUGUUUGACUUGGUGGCCUUGGUCAGUGUACAGUAACCAGGUUAGUUUUUUGUUGGUUUCUGUUUGUUAUUGUUAUUAGACAUAGGAUUCUCGUUCAAGGAUCUUUGGUUAGGAGCUUCUCUAAAAUGGAGUCAGUUCUUCGCUCAGUUUCAUAGUCACGGGCUUUGCUUGUAUCUUUGUAAACCCUAAUCUCUAUUCUCUUGUAAUGAGAAUCAUGUUUUCUUGACUU